AUGGAUCCUGUGAUCCAGCGGCUGGAUCCAGAGCUGCUGGACAAGGAGAUUGCCAAUGCCACUGCAGAGUCCAAAGGUGCCCAGGAGGCAUGGUUGAGCGCCACAGAUCCUCAGCAAGAACCCAAGUUGGAGAAGGUAUGGCAGCAGCUGGUGAAGGACAAGAAGCUCCUCCUCGCAGGCAGGAAGGCACUCACCGAUCAGCUUACGGGCCCAGGUUACUGCCCUCGGACUGUCUUCCAGCUACCAGCUGGCAAGGAAAGGAGGGCAGAGCAUGAGCUUGAGCUAGGCACGGCAGCCUUCCUCAAAGCCCAGAAGGCGCCACCCGAGGAGAUGCUGGACCACUCGGCUUUGGCGGAUGCCACGGAGCUGCAGUUGCGCAAGGCGGAAAUCUUCAUACGCCGACACCAGAACCACGCCAGGGUCGCCCCGCCGCCCCACCGGGGCGCCGCUGGCCGGCCGCCCGGCCGUCGGCCCCCGGGCCCUGGGCCCGGGGCAACUUGGAGGCCCGGCUGCCUUGGGCCACCCACAUUGAGGGGCCACUGGCAGCCUGAGCCUGAGUCUCAGCUGAGCCUCAGGCAGAGCUGA